AUGGAGGAGGGAAGGAAACUCCCUGGAGAGGAAGAUUGCAUUGACAUCGAUUUAGAGGAUGAUGAUGAAUCGACCAGUCAGAAGAAGAAGAGCAAGAAGCACAACAAGAGGUGCAAGGAUAAGGCAAUGAUGAUCAUCGAAGGAUCGGGCACGCCCAAUACCGGCAAGAAGGCUAGGGCCGAAGCCCCCGGCAAGGAAGCUGCAGUGUGCGCUGACUGCCGGGAGGCUGCGGCUGCCGAGAAAGCUGGGAAAGGCGAUGGACCGUACUGCAAGAUUCGCCAGACCAAAGGCCAUGAUCUCCAAGAGUGUCAUCAGGUUGAGCACUUGCCAAGAGGUAGAGAGCUGAGUAUGAGAAGCGUGACAAGGAAAUCGGUCAGAAUGGUGCUGGCGGUAAGGGCCGGGGCUGUGAAGCAAAUCGUCCCGGCGAGGCUUUUCGGAAGCAAGGAAAACCUGCCAGGGGCCGAGAGAAGGAAGUUUGCAAUGAUGAGAGUAAUGGAGGGGAUGAAGAGGAAACCAGUGAGCAGGAGUUCCAGAAGCCCACUGAAGCCCUGUGCAUUGACGGGGGUGCAUCUUUGCACUCCUCUUACCGCCAACUUAAAAGGUGGGCACGUGAGGUAUCAUCACAUCUUCAUGUCUAAGGAAGACGAAGAGAAGACCUUUUUCAGCACCCCAUGUGGCGCGCCGACCAACCUGUUCCUCAUAUGGUACGGCCGGUGGGAGGCCCCGGCUGUGCUCCGCGACUUUCUCGCCUCCCUCUCCGCUCCGGCGCCGUUCCCCGCCGUCUCCGACUGGUGGGCCCGCACGUCGCGGCUCUACACGGACCAAUCCGGCGCCAAUGUCACCGCCACAUUCGCCAUCGCCGGGGAGCACUCCGACGCCGUGUACUCCCACGGCGCCUCCCUGAAGCGGAUCAACAUGCAGUCCAUCAUCCGCACCGCCGUGGUCGCGUACCCGGACCCUCUGCCGCUCGACCCGUACAACGGCGUGUACCUGGUGCUCUCCUCACCGGACGUGCAGGUGGAGGAGUUCUGCCGCGCCAUGUGCGGCUUCCACUAUUUCACCUUCGCGUCCGUGGUCGGGGUCACCGUACCGUACGCGUGGGUCGGGAACAGCGGCUCGCAGUGCCCAGGGAGGUGUGCGUAUCCGUUCGCCGCGCCGGAGUACGGCGCCAGCGGGCAGGGGGUGCUGCGGCCGCCGAACGGCGACCCCGGGGUGGACGGGAUGGUGAUCGUGCUGGGGCACGAGCUUGCGGAGCUGGCCACCAACCCGCUGGUGAACGCGUGGUACGCCGGUGACACGCCAACGGCGCCCACGGAGAUCGCCGACCUCUGUCUCGGGGUCUACGGCGACGGCGGUGGAGCAGGCGGGUUCGUCGGGAAUGUCUCCCACGCAGCCGACGGCAGCUCCUACAACGUGAACUGCGUCAACGGCCGGCGGUUCCUUCCUGGUGCAGUGGCUCUGGAACCCCGUCCUCGGCGCGUGCUACGGACCCAACUCCAGCAACUGAAGCCGCUCUUCUCUUCCCCGGAUCCGUGGCUUCUCUCAGUUGAUGCCAUUGCGCUGGAUGGCGUUGCAGAGGCAGAUGGCAAGUCCAUGGAUGGAUGGGUACGGCAUGGCAUGAUAACCAGAUACUGAAUGUCUGAAAUGUCAUUCAGACUCGAUCUGUUCCUUAUUUGUUGGCCCAGGGUUUGCGAUAGGUUUAUGGAUUUUGAUAGAUUUGUAUCUGUCAAGGACAAGAUGAAUUUUUUUGCAGGAAGAAAACAAAUUAGGAUGCGUUUGUAACAUAUUUUCAGUUCAGCAUAAAUAUGAUCAAGUUAGAGUAA